GUGUUAUGCUUUAUGUAGCCUUUGCAGGUACUAGGUCUGCAGGUCUGCUGCAGCAGCGCUGGGAGCGUGAGCGCUCAAGCAGAAAUCGCCCCAAGGCAAGCCCAAGGGUCUGCCUAAUGUCCUAAUGACAGUGGAUGCAAUCCGUGCCCUGGCCGCUAGGCCAGCGCACCCAACUGGCCUUCACUCAGCUUCAGGUCAGCGAAAUGCAAUGCAUCGAGUAGUCCUAGGCAGUACAGCAGUACAGGCCGGCUUGUCUGCACGGCUUUGCGCGUAGGGUGGCAAGCGCUGAUUUGCACCAUGCUGUCUGCGCCGAGUUUCUCACCCCAGCACGAUGAUUCGCGGACACAGUGCAGUACGGCGGUCGUGUGCAUGCAUGAUGUUAGUGAAGCUGCAUUCACACCGCGCUGCGCCAUCCACCAUGAUCCACUGCUACACCAUUAUACCAUGCAUCAGCGCCACAGCGGAUUGCCUUCUUGGCCCCCGAGGUGCCAAAGUCCUUCUCACCCUAUCUUAGCAGACAGCUUUGUGAGAAGCGCAGCGCAUAGCUGCGAGGCCGAAUCAGGAUCGUCAACAUGCGCCCAGCGCCAGUACUGGCAGUAGAGCCAUCGGGCUAGCACCGCAGGAAAAUCAGAGGAGACGAGCGCACGCAGGCUGCAGUGACUGUCGUACUGCAGAAGCGCUCUCAGGCUACGAAGCACGCGAUCCUCUCACAGAGUCACACUCGCAGUGUCGGCACGGUGCGCCCAUACCAAGAUGAUGUUGAACGCCUCGAACAGCCCAGAGUAGAAAAAUUAUCUUUGGCAGAGAGCCGCUUGUCCAUCUACCCAGAAGUGUGGUGCAGUUGGUGUGGGCUAGUUCUUGGCGCAUGGUACGCGUUUUGUUUGGAACUUCACUGCCUAUCCUGGGCUAUCUUCUCACGCAGAGCUGUCAGGACUAGGGGGUCAGUCUGUGCUGCGAGGUGAGCCUGUGUGAGUCGAUUUCAGACGGAUGUGAGACCAGCUCCACUCCGCAUUUAGCCUUUUAGCCUAGGAUUCCUAUCCGUGCCUAGGACAACUAAUACGAGCAGGAGUUACUCAAGAGGACUCUGACUCGCCCAUACAUUCUGGCUCGCUGUCAGACAGUGUAGAGGACUCGAGUGCGCUCACAUCACAGAGUAGUGCUUGUUGGUGCUUGCUGUCUCCGUACCGUGAAGCCCAAGCAGCAGGAGGGAAUCCCGGCACCAGUGUGCUGGGCUGGUGUCAAAAACUAGACCAGUGUUUCUGGCUGGAAUGCAACGCCGUCCUCGGUCUGCAUGCAGUGGCCUGGUGCAUAGCUGAGUGUAUCUUGCACUUGCAGUGGCACCUUUCCUGUCAGCCCUGGUGGUGCAUUGGUGAAAUCGCCACAACAAACGGACUGAGCUGAGCUGUAGCGUGUAGCGGAUUGGUAGCGUGUAGAUCAUCUACGGGCUUAGUAGUCAUCAUACCAGUAGUAGUGUGUGGUGCAGCUGGAGUUCUGGGGGCUGCACUGGUCCGUUUCCUGUGCAGUCAGACACUGCUUUUUGUGGGUGCACGUGUGUGUCUGUCCGUGGAGGAGGGCAGUGCCGUGGAAUAUAGCCACGCUCUCACACAUCCAUGCAGUUCAUGGGUCGCUCCCAGCAGCUGGGGGAUGACCAGGACUGCAAGCACUUGGCAGACAGUGGCCGGAGCCCUAUGAGUGUUACCAGGGAGUCUGAGUAGCAGUGACAAAAUCACACAAACCCUGCUUGAAGCACAUCAACACCAUGCACAUCACCACCACCAGCUGCUCCUGCUCUCCAGCACCAGACAGACCUGAUUCUGCAGCCUCACUGGCUGACAGUUGUAUGGACUGUGGCAGAGCAGUCCCCACUGCAGCACAGCCGUCAUCACAUAGUACACACUGGAUUACUGCUGCGAGUAGACAGUCCCCAAUGCCAGACUCCUGCAGUAGGCACGGCAACCGUUUCCGACAAACAACGGACCAGCCCAGAAGUACCCACACUGCUGCCCAGUCGACAAGCACGGACAGACAGUCUCGUCGGCAACGAGGAGGAGCUUGCAUAGGCUAUUCAUUUGCUGGUGGUCGGCGCCAUGGCCUUGGAAACCGGACACUGCUGCUUCUAGCCCUGAUGUUCAUCUUCUGGAUUGAAGGCUCGUCUGCCAUACACUGUUCGUGCGAUACCUGCGGCAAGCGGACCUACUGCAGAUACCCGACAUCGUCUAGCUGCGUAGUACAGGUGGGGCCUGUUGGGGCAGGCUCUGCUAGCGGUACUGGAGAGCUGGUGACCUGGAACGCUCGCAAGUGCGUCAGUGCCGAUCGCGUUCGAGACGUGUGCGCGCUAGCUGCGCCGUCGACCUGGCGCGACGCUGACGGCGUGCGCUACUCACUGACGGAGAGCAGUGUGAUAUUCUGCUGCAGCGUGGCUUCGUUCUGCGCGGACGCCAUCGUGGACAGGAUUGAGGCGCUCAGGGGCAACGUCAGUGCUGUACCGGAGAACAGCUUUCUAUCCGUGCUCAAGGACUUGGACAGAGCCAUCCAGGAAAGAUUAGAUAAUACUCAGCCAACUUUGCCUUCAAGCAACAACAGUGGCAGUGGUGUCGGAGCCGGCCAUCUUGGACUACUCGCCGCUCUCAGCACGCUCUGCACCAUCGUCGGCGUAACCAUCGUCAUGACGAUAUUCUGCGUGUGGUGGCGGCGUCGGCUGCAGCGCCAGCGCGGCAAGAUGGUCGUCACGUCGUCGUCGCGGUCGACAGCCUCGCCAUCGUCCUCGCCACCGCCCUCGCGCCGCCAGCACUCGCACAGCAGUGCGGGCACGGGCAGCACACCCAUGGACAUCACAACGUCGUCAUCAUCGCAGUCAAACAUGCGCUCGCCGUCAUCGCCAACGUCACCCGAGCAUCACCGUAACAACAGUGGAGACGGAGACUCGCCGUACCACCGGAUCCCAACGACGCCCACAAGCUGCGACAUGUCCUGCACCCAGGGAGAGUGCCGCCAUCAUCACUCGCGCUCGCUGUCAGACUGCUCCACCACGUCGACGAACCAGCACCACCACCGGAGAAGCUUGACCUCCUCUUCCUCGCACUCCACCACGUCGAGCGGUGGCCAUAGCAACAAUAGCGGUGGCCAUAGCAACCAGAGCAGCACCCAUAGCAUGACUAGUGUGAUGGCGUCGUCCCCGCCCCGCACCAUGCCCGUCCAUCCAAACACUCCGCAACUGCAGGCCAGUCACGUCAUGCCCGCUCCCAUGUCAUCCUCGCCCACCAUCGCCACCACUGGAGAAAUUACGUCAUCGAUGACGCCAUCGACAUCCGACCAGCGGCAUUAUCAAAACACUCGCUAUUCCCAGCUCAAUCAUCAUCAUCAUCAACAGCCGUAUAGUGUUUCCAUGACGAGUGCAGUUCCCACGACAACCAACUCCGGCAUUAGUACGUCGGCGCCGUACAAGGGCAUGACGUCAUCGUCGUCGUCGACGUCCACCGGCAUGCCGGCGCUACAUCGGGACUUUCCCCCGGCCUACGACGACAUUGACAAGCCGAAGAAGUCGCUUCGCAUCGACCCACCUCCGCAGUACUCGGCCUGUUUCGGCACGACGAGCGCACGUCACCAAUCCUGUCAGCCGCCGUCGUCGCGACGAUCCUCGUCGCCUUCAGAACAGCAGCGUCGCCGGCAACAGCCGCAGCCUCAGCAGCAGCAGCAGCUCUGGACCAACAGCUAUUACAUUACCGAGGUGCCUCCCAACCGACACGUGUGUGACACGCCGGACUGCGGCACCCCUCUGCCCUGGGACUGUCCCGGCAAUGGCUUGGGCGGGAACUCUGGAUCGGCAGCCAGCCAUCAACACCACCAUCGUAUGGCUGCUGCCGUAAUGCAGACGCCACCGCCAAACAGGACAAUAUCCAACAAGAUCUGAGCCACAGUGCUCAUCGACUACUCCACAGUGGAGCAUUUUACCAGUCAGGCAAGCUGAGUGAGAGUAGCUAUCGUAUCGCCGAGUCCCUGCUGCGUAUGCCAAAAACACUAGCGGGAAAGCACCCGUAUUAUCAGUGAAUAACAAAGGUGUGCGUGUGUGCGUGUAUGUGCGCGUGUGCGUGAGUGAGCGAAUACCAGUUGCCAUUGUGCGACAAACAGCUCUAGUUUAGACAACAGGUCUCGCUCUGUAGAGUCACUGCCGGCGACAGAACAAAAAAAAACUACGUCGUCCUAUCUCUUGUAGAGUGCCUGUUAGGAAUUUCAUUGAGUUUAUCGCGGUCGUGACGACCAUUGCGGCACACUUGAUCAUACGUUUUAAAAUUACGUACGCCCAUGAGUAAUUCCCCUACCCCAACACUGACACUGACUAUAUCUUUUCCUCCCCGUGUGCGGGGACCUUUUGGUUCAGGCUUUCUAACCGAUGGCAUCCACCGCCGAUAGCACAAGUUGUUUUCUUCCUCAGUGUCAGAAAUAUUUUGUGAGCGUACUACGCCGAUCGGAACCCUAGCCACUAACUGACCAAAACCAUGCUGGUGAUUAAUUUGAGCUUGAUUAUUUUUUUUCUAAAAAUGCUGUGGGGAAUGAGCCCCAGCUGACAGAGCAACAACCCCGAGAACCAAGCCGUUAUCUAUUUGAGAUCUAUUCGUAUUUUCCUCCAGUAUUUUUCUUCCCGUUUAUUACAAGCACGCCGUGACCUUAUUCAUCGUCGUGCGUAUGGUUGAGUUACCGUACACCGUCGAACUGGCAGCUUUCAUUUUGCAGUUGAAUAAUUGUUUCUCUCUCGAAUCAAUGCUACGAUUAUA